AGGAAACAUGAAAUCCCUGGAAAAACCACCAGUGUGCAACCCCAUGUUAACUCAUGUGGAUCAUUUGGAGAAAAAAAUCCCAAGCUGAAGCUACUUGCUGCUUUGUGGGUCUGGAAAACUCCACAAAAGUCCAUCAACCCAUCCAUGUUGCAGGAUGAGAGGAGAGAAGCUGAUGCCUUGUGUACUUAUCACUCUACUGGGGCUGACCCUGAUGGAGUCAGCUCAUGGACAGCACAUGUCAGACGAACCCUGCUCUGUCCAAAUUCUCGUCCCAGGACUCAAAGGAGAGGAAGGAGAAAAGGGAGUGAAAGGAGCACCUGGGAGACCAGGAAGAAUGGGUCCACCAGGGGAGAUAGGACAUCUGGGAGUUAAAGGGCAGAAGGGUAUAAUGGGACAUUAUGGGAAGAUUGGCCCCAGUGGAGUCAAAGGUGUAAAAGGAGAUAUGGGUGAUGCAGGAUCAAUGGGCCCAAAUGGUGAUCCAGGUGUUCCAUGUGAAUGCACACCCCUGAGGAAAAUUAUUGGUGAGAUGGACAUCCUAGUGACACAGUUAUCCAAUGAGCUGAAGUUCCUAAAAAAUGCACUGCCCUCCCCUGCAGCUGUUGCCGGCAUCAAAGAGACCGACAGCAAGGUCUAUCUGCUGGUCAAGGAGGAGAAACGCUACACCGAUGCAGAGGUCUAUUGUCAGGGGAGGGGUGGACACCUGGCCAUGCCCAAGGACGAGGGGGCCAAUGCGGCCAUCGCUGGGUACAUCACAGAGGCGGGCCUGAGCCGGGUGUACAUUGGUAUCAACGACAUAGACCGCGAGGGCCAUUUCACCUACGUGGAUAACUCCCCAAUGAGCACCUUCAGCAAGUGGAGGGAAGGGGAACCCAACAAUGCCUACGAUGACGAGGACUGUGCUGAAAUGGUGGCGGUGGGGCACUGGACCGAUGUGGCCUGCCACUCCACCAUGUACUUUGUCUGUGAGUUUGACAAGGACAGUGGCUGAGGAGCAUUUGUUUGAAAGUGGUAGUGAAUUAUAGAGAAGCCUUUUAUAGAGUUCUACAGAUGUUGUUCAGUAUGUAGAAUUAUUUUGACACCGCUGCAUUUAAAUGUAAUCACCCAGCAGUGCUAAAUAUCAUUGUACAGUAUAAAAGAUUGAGUACUGACAUGCAACAACAGUUGUGUAAAGACAUGGUGUUUCUUCUCAGUAGUUCCAGUUUUCUUCCUUUUUGACUUGAAUGUUUGACUUGAAUGGAUGCUGUUUUUAUAAAAAAUUGCAUUUAAUGGAUACAGCAAUUUCUACCCUGAUCUCUUAAUCUACUUGGAAUCUGCCUUUUUGAAGAGAACUUUUUUUUGUCUUUCUCAUCAUGUUUAUGUGAGGUAUAUAUUGUAUCUUGAAGUGAACUGAUUUUUAACCCUCAAACCACUAACAUAGUUACAUAUAGUGCCUAGGCAAAAGUAUUCAUCCCCUUGGCAUUUUUCCUUUUUUGUCGCAUACACCGGCUCGGAAUCAAAUAGGUCUAUUUAUUUAAAGGGAGAUUCCUUGCCAACUCUGUGCAGGUCAUCAAUUGAUGAUUAAGGAUGCUUUGUGGAAAUGCUCGUGCGGUAGCAACUUGAUAGGCUCUAAUAGAGUGCACUUGAGAUGUGUAAUAGUGCCUUUAAGACUGUACCCGUUGAGGCCUUAAAUGUGGUAUUGUUUCAGAGGGGUUUUGACUGGGUGAUUGGAAAAAGGAUAGCUAAGUAGGGUCGCAGGGAUCUGGUUAUAGGACCAUCUGUGGCACUGGGGAAUGUUCCUCUAUGGUUCUUUUCAAGGCCUUAUGUGGAUUUUAAUCUGAUUGAGGAAUAGGAGGGGUGAGAUGUUGGUAUUUAGUAGAUUAGUAUGUUUGUAAUUUCUAUUCCUUUUUGACUGUAACGGGGUUUGGAGUUCUGCCAAUCAGCACCUGAUUAAUUGUUGAGUUCCAACCUGUGGAAAAUAAAUGCUGGGUUCAUACCUUAA